AUUGUCUCCAGUUUAAUAAUUUUUGUUGAUAAGCUAUUCAGUUGGUAAAUAUUUUAUUUUAUCAUGUUUAUCUCAAACACAAUCAGCUAGUGAAACUCUGAAAAGCCAAACGGGAAUUUAGUAAUAAUUUAAUAAUAAUUUGAAAAUAUGAGUGUAUUUAACAUAAUCUUACUUCAGGAUUACACUGCACAGGAUCGUAAACAGACUUAAAGAAAUGUCGUCACAAGAUAAAGGAAACGACAGAGGUUUCCAGAAGUAUGUUCUAAAGAAAGAUGGGAAACACUGGUUAUUGGAGUGUAAUAGGAAACUGAUAAGACUGACAUUUCUGACAGACGCAAGGGAUGUUUCCAUUGAUGAAAAUGUCAUAUUUGCUGAUGACGAUUUGUACCAAAUCACAGAGAGCGACGCAGGGAUUGUGGAAUUCACUAAAAUAGAAGACAGCUAUCACAAGACAUCUAAUAAGCUGCAUAGGAAUACAUCGAUUCAAGAGGAGUCUGACAAUACGAAACUAAGCGUGAGGAGUCAUGAACAUUUAACCGUCGCAUCGGACUUCAACAUAGAACAAAGUCAGGAAGAAUCAGCGAACUCCUUGCAGUCUCUGGGUGCAAAAUCGGUUGGAGAAACAGGUGUUGUUCAAGUUGUAGCUUUGUUUUCAUAUGAAGCCUUGCACAAUGAUGAUAUUAGCUUUGAAAAGGGAGACAAGUUAGAAGUGAAUAAAGAAAUGAUUGAUCAAAAUGUUGAGUGGUGUAUUGCCAAGCACUAUGACACGGAUGAGAAAGGAUACGUCCCAAGACACUACGUUACAGAGGAUGUUAAGUCGCUGUACUCUCAAGACUGGUAUUACAAUAUAAGCAGAUCGGAAACGGAUAGAUUGCUGGGUAGUCAUCCUGCACCUGUUGGUACAUUUCUUGUUCGAGGGAGCGCUGUCUCUUUGCUUUUAGCCGUCAAAGCAAAUGAGGGAGAUGUUAAACACUACAGCGUCAGGUGUUUGGAUAAUGGCAGAUCUUUCAUAAGCCCUAGAAAAACAUUUGACACUAUGCUUGAUCUUGUCUCCUACUACAAAAAUUUUGCAGAUGGGUUGUGUUGCAAACUUACGGAGCCAUAUCAAAAGAAGAAACCGUCUGUUCGUCUUCGGGAGAUUGAAGUGGAAAGAUCGUCAGUGGAAUUGUUGGAGCAAAUACGCGGCGGCACGGGUCAUUAUGGUGACAGACAUGCUGGUAAAUUUCGAAAGACCUUAGACGUGGCAGUGAAACGGCUCAAACCUAAUCUUCUACAAAUGCCAGUAGAUGAGCUAAUAGCUGGAAUUAAAAUGAUAAGCAAAUUGCGACAUGACAAGCUCGUUCAGGUUAUAGCGAUUUGCGCAGCGACUGAACCUAUUCUGAUAGUGUCUGAAUUUGUGCCUAACGGAUCAUUGUUGGAAUAUUUACGGAGGGAAGAUGUCAGAAAUUCACUGUGUUUAGAAGCAUUAAUUGAUAUUGCUGCUCAGAUCGCGCUCGGAAUGGCAUAUCUUGAGGAGAAUAAUAUCGUCCACGGUGACCUAAGGGCCGCUAAAUGUCUUGUAGGCGACCACAAGGAAGUGAAGGUAGCAGAUCAUGGUCUGUUUCAGUUGGUGGAAAAAGAUCUUUCUGAAACUUACAUAAGGCAGUUGUCAGAAUGGCUGCCAAUAAAAUGGUUUGCUCCAGAUGUAUUUUGGAGCGGAAGCGUGAGUACAAAGUCGGACGUGUGGUCAUAUGGCGUGUUAUUAUCUGAGAUCAUUACAUUUGGAGAUAUCCCAUAUCCUGAUCAGAAUGGAAGAGAGGUAUUAGAUUGUGUUGGGAAAGGGUACAGGAUGCCAAAGCCAGUAUCAGGUCCAGUAGAAUGCCCAGAUCCAUUUUAUGAAACGAUGUUACGAUGUUGGAACAACUUUCCGGAAAGCAGACCUAGCUUCGCAUACCUAAAAGAUUACUUUGAAAACUACACAGUGCUGUUUCUCCAAUAUCGAGAACUGGAAUCGUCGCCAGAUGUGUUGAUCAAUGCACCUACAGAGAUGGGUAACUGUUUAACCACAGAAGAAAAACCUCCAAAAUACCCGCCUUCUCAGCAAGAGCUGAAUAGAUCCCAGUCACAAACACCUGUAUCACCUGGUGGUAUCAAUGUAAGCCUUGACCAUACCCGACCACUGCCAUCUACACCAAAAGUUAAAGAUGCUCUUAUAGUACGUGCCUUAUAUGACUUUGAUGCAAUCAAUGACGAUGAUCUCAGCUUCAGAAAGGGAGAUAAGUUGGAAGUGGAUGAGGAAACCAGUCAAAACUCGGAUUGGUGGGUAGCUCGACAUCUGACGACGGGAGACAAAGGUUACAUCCCAAGUAACUAUGUCACCAAGGAUGAUAACUCACCACAGUCUCAGGAUUGGUGGUAUAAUGUAGACAGGAAGGAAGCAGAUAAACAACUAUUGUUGCCAGGCAACCCUACAGGAACUUUUCUCAUGAGAGAGGCUGGAGAUAAAGCCUCAUUUGUGCUGUCUGUUAGAGACUUUGAUCCAAAGACUAAUGAUGCGUGUGUCAAACAUUAUAGAAUACGCAGGUUAGAUAAUGGAGGGUUCUACAUCAGUCCAAAGAGAACGUUUGACAACAUGCUUGAUCUGAUCUUUCACUACAGAAAUGCAGCUGAUGGACUAUGCUGUAAGUUGGAGAUUCCAUGCCCAAAAAUUCGACCUCUUGUACAGUUCAGGGAGCUAGAAGUAUCAAGGGAGUCGGUGAAGCUUCUCAAGAAACUUGGAAGUGGUUGUUUUGGAGAAGUCUACGCUGGUAAAUGGCGUAAUACAGUAGACGUGGCUGUGAAAACGUUGAAGCAAGGUCAGAUGACGGCUGACGAUUUCCUGGCAGAGGCAAAGCUCAUGCAUCAUUUAAGACAUGCUAAACUGGUACAACUGAUGGCAGUGUGUACAAAAUCAGAACCUAUCUGGAUUAUAACUGAGCUCAUGAUUAAUGGGGCCCUACUAGAUUACUUACGUAAAGACGAGGGCAAAUCCCUCGCCUUCAGUUCAUUAGCUGACAUGGCUGGCCAGAUAGCUGAUGGUAUGGCCUAUCUAGAGACGGAGAACUUUGUACAUAGAGAUCUGAGAGCUGCUAAUAUUCUGGUUGGCGAUCACAACGAAGUGAAGGUGGCAGAUUUUGGUCUAGCUAGAUUGAUUCAGGAAGAUAUUUAUGAGGCUCAUGAAAAUACAAAGUUUCCUAUAAAAUGGACUGCGCCAGAGGCGGCAUUUGACAGAAAAUUCAGUAUAAAAUCAGAUGUGUGGUCAUAUGGUGUAUUGUUAUAUGAACUGAUUACUUUUGGAAGAGUUCCAUACCCUGGUAUGAAUGGGCAUGAAGUACUGAAUCGUGUAGAGAAAGGAUUCAGAAUGCAGAAACCAACUGGAGGACCAGUGCCUUGUCCUGACCCUUAUUAUGAAAUCAUGUUAAAAUGUUGGAACAGGGUAGCUGACAGUAGGCCUACAUUUGCUUAUCUCCAAGAUUUCUUUAACAACUACAUGGUGAAUGUAGAAGGAGAAUAUCGGGCCAUGGACGACUGAUCAUAUAUUGGUUGUUUAGGUUAACACUCUUAAAGAAAUAGGGAUGGACAUUAACUGGCGAGCUUUGACAUCAACUUUUUACUACUGCUUAACUGGAAUUGCAUUCGCAAGUUGAAGAAAUUUGAUUGCACUUCUUCUUGGAACAUCAUUCGUGUUUAAACCACUAACACAGCCUAAAUUCUUUAAGAAGAUAAAUUCUCACAAAAUACACCUAAAAAGUGCUGAUUUGAAUUUGAAAAGUAUAAAACGAAGAAUGAAAAAUGUGCAUAUCAUUAGGUUAGGCUGUUGUUUUUGUCCUUAAAAAUAUAUUUUUAUACACAAAAUUUUAUACACAAAACAUUUUCUCAGUUUUGUACUCGCAUAUUCAGAAGUCUUUGUGAUUUGUUUAGAUGUAGUCGUAUCACCUAUACUAAGUGUGCAAUUCCUCUUUACUUCAGAUUCUCAUUUUGUUGUUAAGGUUUCAGCAUAUUCUUAUCUUUAUGUGGGGUGUAAUAUGCCUGCGCAUGUGCAUUCAUUCAUUAUGAAUUGCAAGAAAACUGUCUUGUCCCGUUUCAUCAUUUCUUUGUUACCAUCUAAAAUUAAGUAGAAAUGUGGCCUUGUUACAGUAUAGUGUUGCUUUUUUUUUUUACAACAAAAUUCUUUAUCAGAUGUUCAAAAAUCAUUUUAGGGGUUAAGUGGAGUUGAAAAGUUAAGUUAUCAGAAGGCAAGUAAUUGCUCAAUUUUAGUAUUUUUGCAAUAUGUAGCAAGCUUUGUUAGAUCAGUAGAAUCCGAAAAGGUCAUCUUUGUUGUUUAUUAUAUUGAUAUAAGACAAUUCAUUCGUCACUGCCGAUUGAAUAAGAAAAUUCAUUAGUCACCCCUAGUUGGUGUUAGAAGUAGUUGUUAGAAAAAGAUUAUCAUGCAGGAAUGCAUAAAGGCCAAUAGAUCCGUAUUAAUUUGUUGUUUGCUUGUUUCAAACAGUCCAAUCUGGUAUAAUGGUUUAUAAUAUACCCUACUGUAAAUAGUAACACAGCUGCAUAGGAUAGAAUCCUGUAACCCAGGCCAGUUACCAGUUUCACAUGCAGUAACCUGUUAUUUGACCCCGAGGGAUAUGUGACAUUUGUCGUCAUUUUACCCUGCAUCAUCAAGAUAAAAAUUCGUUAACAUUGAUAUUUUAUAUUUUUUUAGCAGACUGGUUAAGCAGGUUUCUUGUCAAGAUUCUGUGGUUACGUUAUGUCAUAGUAGAUACCUUUAAGCAAAUCAAAAGCGGUUGAAAAACAAAUGCUUUAUAAGAAAGUUUCUUUAUGGCUGAUUCAUCGAGAAUUGUUGUUGUUGUUAUAUAGGACAUUUCAAUUUGCAGAUACAAUUUGCAAACUUGACAUUUUCUGUUGCAGUCUCACAGCUGUCCUCAGUUUUAAACAAAAAUAGAAAAAGAAAAUAACUGGCAGUUAAUGCAUAUAUUCUUUACUGAUAUCUAUCACCAGUUAUAACUUCAGUGCUUCAUGCAUCUCAGACCAUUUUUCACAAAGGUUUAGGGCAUCUAGUAAGAUACAUGAACAAAACAUUCCAUGUGACAUUCACAGGGGACCAUCAAUUUCCAUAGUCUAUUUUAUGUUUUGAUUAAGGAUGAUUAGAUUAGACUAGAUAAUUUUACAACAGUUUUAUUAUAUAUUUUAUUUGUGCUUCAUUGUUUUUUAUAAAUGUAUUUUCUAUACACUGUCAGUGUUGCUGUCAUCGUUUACCUGUGUGAAACAGAUCUAUCUGUACUUAAUUUAUUACAUUUGAUAUUUCAUAAUUAUGUAACCAGCAACAGUUAUUUUUUCUACAGCUUUACAUAGAAUAAAGCACACUUUUGUUUUACUAAAUAUCCACCUUUAUUUGACUGGAAAUGUCCACCAUUUAGUCUGCUUAUAAACAGUAGUAUGGUUGUAUUUGUAUAUUGUGGAUAGUAUGUCUAGUAGAAAUUGAUCAAAAAGCUCAAAUAGUAACUGGGUCUUUUUUAACUACUGUAUGUACUUGAUGAUAAAUGUUUGGAUCAGAAACUAUGAUAAGAACUCAAAACCUGAUGAAAAAUAGGUACAAUUUAGGAAGAACUGAUAUUGUUUAAUUUAUUUUGUUGGACGUGAUGAUGUUUGCAGUUUAAGUGUAUCAGUAAAUAUGAUUUACUUCUCGUCAUGUAAGUUUAAAUUUGCAAGGGUUAUUGAAUUCAGUUACUGUUUUGAGCAACCUUUUACUCUGUUAGCAUGUUACAAGACAAACCGGUGUUGCUAUAAAUCAUUCUAAAGGUCUUAAAGUGAGGUAAUAGGAUUUUUUGACUAUGAGUAUGUUCCAUAGUAAAUUUCAGCCAUUUUGGAUGCUUAAAAAGUUUUAAUAUUUCAAUUUUGUCUUUAAUUGCUGAUGGAUUGUUAAAAAGACUAAGGAUAUCUUAGUUAACAUAAAGGCAACAUUUUCAGUCAUUCUGUAAUAUUUCUAAAAAAAAAAAGUUAUUCUGAUAAUUUUAAAGUGGGAAAAAGUACAUUUUUGUGUAUAAAAUUAACAUUAUUACAGCUAUUUUGAACAUUCAGUGAGAUCCUACUACCUCCCCCCUCUGAGAUCUUUAGUUUAUAUGUAGGUCUUGCAAAAUAAAUUGGCAAUUCUUGUUAUGGAAUACGUACAGUUUACAGUGGAUUGUAGUGAAUUUGAACAUCCUCAGGUGGCCAUUAUAUUAUACUGUUACACUGUUUAUAUCUCUUAACUUUGAACAUUCCAGACCUAACUUAUAUGUUUUCUCUUUUAUCAUUUUGUAGUGACUACAAAUUAUAUUUACAACCAACUAUGAAGCAAGAUUUAUCAUGAUAAUUUUAGAGAUAACAUCCAUGUUUAGCAAUGAUUUAAUAGGCAGGAGUUUGUGUUAUAUAGUUAAAUCACUAAAUAUUCUUUAGACUUCCCAAGUUUUAUAGAUUCUAAGAAAAUAUAUCAGCAGUUAAAAUACAGCUGAAACUCAGUAUCUUGAAUUCAAAGGGAUGGAGCAUUUUACUUCAAGAUAAACAAAACUCUAAAAUUAUAUUUUGUGCACGUGUUUCGGGAUGUCUUUGAGACGGCCGGAAUUAGAAAGUUUGAACUUCAGUUUAUUUUGUUAAGUAAGUCUUUUUAAGAAAAAAUUUUUUGAUGAAUAUUUAUCAUGUUUCUUUCAGUUGAUUUAGAUAAUUCUGAAAAGAAGAAUUUAGACACAGAACAUUUUAAUACAAAAUAUCUUUUUAUGAUAUUUUUUGCUAUGAAAUGUAUAUUUUGAUGUAGUAGUAUAUGUAAAUAAUGGCAACAAUCUAUGUGUUAAAAGAUGCUAAGCAUUUUGAAUGAAUUGUUUUAUUAGGAUAGUUGAUUUUAUAAGUGUUUGUUAUAAAUCAAAAUGUGUACAUAUCAUAUACUGUGACUCUGGAAUGGCUUCACUGCAACAUUUUAAUCAGAAAUUGGAAAAUCAACAAUUAGAUUGAUUUUGAAAGUCUGGUUGUGAAACAGCUCCUACACAUAGUAUUUUCAAAGUUUCCUUUUCUUAUAACAUUCGCCAGGCACAAAAUAAAUUGUUGUUUCAUUAAAAUCACACACUGUUGAAAUUUUUUUUAAAAAUUCUUCUUUCAUGAAUUUAGAUAGGUAAGGAUUGUAAAUGGAAGGAUAGAAUGCAGUCAUGCUGUGUUUUUUAAGAGGUUUAAACAUAUUGUUUAUAUUGGAUAGAGCUAGAUAACUCAGUCUGUUUCAUUUUAUUUUCUUCAUACUUGUCUGACCAUAGUUAUUUUAGGAAAUUCAUGAUUAGGAUGUGAUGCAGUUCUCUGAAGUUAAUGUACAUGUCCACAUAGAAAUUGUAAACCAUUUUACACAAAGUGUAACCUUAGGGUACCUGAAGUUAAGUGAAUACACUUACAAAUGUUCAUUGUAGAAAUUUUAGGACACUUGACUUUAGGUUGACUACCACGUUUCCACUGUUACCGUGAGCAUGUACCCUGAAGUUUGGUCUAGCCAUACUUUUAGCUCUGUUUUUACUCUCAUAAAAUGAUGACAUACCGUAUUGUUAGUAUUUCAAUACUAGAUAUAAGUGGUACAUGAUGUGAGGAAUUGAAUCAAUUGUUAUUUUGUAUGAUAUAUUACGUUGCCUUUGAACUGAAACAUAUCUCUUAAUGUGAUCAUUCCAAGACGAAGUUUUGUACAGUUAUAUGAUAAUUAUGUAUAUUCACACAUUCCUUGUAAAAUUUAUCAUUUUUAUAUAGACAUUGAAAUAUAUAUAUAUAACACUGGG